GAAUGUCCCGGAUAAAGGGAACGAAGAGUCUGUUAGUGGAGGAAGAAAAACUGGAUGCUUCAUGAUGAUGAUCGCUGCUGCAUUUGGUUCGUAAGCGCAAGACGCAGAGAAAAAGACGCAAACCACCGGUCUCAGUGAGAGGAGGUGACAACAAGGAGAAAAAAUGCCGGUACCUCCUCCGCCUCCCCCUCCCCCACCCCCCACCUUAUCUCAGGCAAACACAGAGAAGCCUGUCUGGAAUAAAUCGGAGCAGCAGGGCAGGAAUGCUCUGCUGUCAGACAUCAGCAAAGGAGCAAGGCUAAAGAAGGCGGUUACUAAUGACCGUAGCGCCCCCAUACUUGACAAACCCAAAGGUGGUGCUGGAGGUGGAGGAGGAGGCGGGCCUGGUGGAGGAGGUGGAGGAGGGGGAGGGUUUGGAGGUGGAGGUGGAUCACCAGCUGGUCUGGGUGGGCUCUUCCAGGGUGGCAUGCCAAAGCUGCGCUCCACUCGAGAUGACUCUAGUAGUGUCAGACCUCCAGUUCUGCCACCUGGUGCUCGUAGCUCUGGUCCACGGCCCUUUGGAGGAGGAUCUGGCUCCGCCCCUCGUCCACCUCUGCAACGCAGUGAAUCUGUUGACCCCCCUCGCCCACGAAUGACCCCACCGCGUCCUGAAACACCUGGAGGACCUCCUCCACCUCUUCCAAGUGCCCCACGGCCCUUUCAGAGUGGGGCACAGAGCAGGGGACCGCCCUCACUUCCAGGGACUCCUCGUCUUGGUUCCGCACCAACCCCUCCACCUCCAAACCCUCCUGGACGACAGCCUGCACCUCCACCAGUGCCAGCUGUAUUUGGUCGUCCUCCUUCCAUUCCUUCACCCUCAGCUGGUCACGCUGGGCGGCCUCCUCCUCCCCCUGCACCUGGUCGAGGCGAUGACCGUCCUCCACCUGUUCCCCCCGCUAUCCGUUCUUCUUUGCCACUCACACGGGACAGCCCGCCCCCUCCACCUCCACCAUCAGUGAGCAGUAAACCAACUCCUCCUCCAGCUCCUGCUCCUGCCUCUCUGCGGCCACCUGUUAGUGCAGCACCUCCUCUGCCACCUGGACGCCCAAGCCCAUCUACUCCUGAGGAGCAUACGCCACGCCUUCCUGAACGGAACCUGUCACUUGGCUCGCAUCCUCCUGCCCUUCCACCUGGGCGAUCUGGACCACUUCCUCCACCUCCCUCUGAGAGACCGCCCGCAUUGGGUCGGAAUCCAGGUGGAAGAACAGGUCCUCUUCCACCUCCACCUCCUUCUGGCCGUCCUGGAGGAGGAAGUGUGAGGUCAUCACCAGCCCCUCCUCCACCGAACAGACCAGGUGUGGAGCCUCAUCGGGGUGGCAAUAGACCACCUCUCCCACCAGACAGACCCUCCUCUGGACCUCUGCCCCCUCCUCCCCCAACUAUGGGCAAUGGAUACCACAAUCAGGGACAUCAUAUAGAUGAGUGGGAAUCACGCUUCACGUUUCGACCUGUAUCGGAUCUUCCCCCACCAGAGCCCUACAUUCCCUGUCAGAAGACCUAUCCUAGCAAAAUGGCCAGGAACGAAAGCCGAGGUUCAGGAAAGAAAGAGCGAGGUGCACCUCCACUGCCUCCCAUACCUAGGUGAAAGAAACUGCUGUCUCAGGCCCUAACAAUCCUUCCCUUACCUAAUUAUCUUAUUUUCUCUAGUUUUGUCUGUUUCUGAUCUUUUCUGCCAGAGUCAUUCAUUAAAAAUUUAUAAAAGAACUACAAAAAUAACAACAUAGUACAGACAACAUGUCUUUUGGUCUUAUGUCGAGUGAUGAGCUCUACAGUGAUACUACAGAUAAGUUUGACUUUAUUUUUAAGUGUUUUUCUGAGUAUGAUGUGUUAUUGCAGCAGUUCAUUGGCCUUCAGGAGAGUGUGAAUGUUUUGGCUUAUUGGCGGUCAUUGACACAUACAGACAAGUGUCCUUGUCUUAUACAGAAUAUAUUACUGCUUAAUCAGGGCAGCCAUUCCUUUAGAUAAUGGUGCAGCCAUUUAUAGAGCCACAUAGGGCAUCAGUGUUUGUUAGACAGUCCUUGAUGUAAUUCUAUUUUGAAAAGGAGUGCAAUAGUUUCAUUAAAGCAUUUUGGUGGGUUUUGGCGCCCCCUACCUUCCUGUCUUCAUACAACACGGUAGUUAUACAGCAUUGGCAUUUCAAGCCCUCAAAUGUAAAAUGUCAGGUAGCUAGAACAAUAUCAGACUGAAAAAGACACGUUGAACAUUAAAGGAGUAUGUGUUUGCUUUAGUACCUGUAUGUGUGUAUGUGGUGAUAAUGGCCGGAAUGAUAUACAGAAUGCUACAAUCUCUCCAGUAAGCAGAGUUUGUACAUACUCUUGUGUUGCAGAUUGAUUUGUUCACAUGUGCAGUACCUGAUGUGAAAAUAACAAGGACCGAGUUUAUGGGAAAA